CCGGAUAGUGACCGGGUUCACAACAAACAAAAUGAAAUAUAGUAACAUUAUUUAGCGUUUAUCUUUACUAUCUUGUAAAUUAGGAUUCGUGAUGAAUUGCCCGAAUACGCAUGCGCACUAAGUCGUGUAAGCGAUGGCGACAUUCCUGCUUUUUAUGCGAGGAACAGGGUUGGAUGGAAAGUUAUCUCGAUAAAACUGAGGGUUAGACAAACGUUAUCGAUACUUUGCAUCGUCACAGUCGCUCGCUAGCUACUUCGACCGUUUUAAGGUGCUGUUAACGCGAGCCUGCGUCGUUCAUGAGAAGACCGCAUACUAUCUUGCUAACUGUUAGCUAGGUAGCUUACGCUAGUAUGUCACACUUUGCCUUGUCUUGUGUUUGUCUGGGUAGCUAGCAAGUUAUCAUCAGCUUCAGGUUCUGCAGAAAGUUGCUGGUCAUCCAAGGUUGCUGACGUUAAACAUUUCGGGGAAGAGCUGCAUAAGACUCAUCACUGUGCAUCGGCUUGUUCAGCAAGACUGCUGCUCUGCCAACUGACUGGUACCUCUUCAGUGGUGUGAAUGAGGGAGACAUGGCAGACCACACGCCACCUCUGGAGUCUGGCCAGCUUCUCAGCCCUGAACUCCCAAUCCUGGCCUCACCACCACCCCCAGCCAUGGUCAACGGGGAGGGCCCCCAGCAGGUAAUCCUGGUGCAAGUAAACCCAGGUGAGGCCUUUACUAUUCGACGAGAGGAUGGUCAGUUUCAGUGUAUCACAGGUCCUGCUCAGGUUCCCAUGAUGUCUCCAAAUGGUUCAGUGCCUCCAAUCUAUGUGCCUCCUGGAUACAUUUCACAGAUCAUAGAAGAGAACGGAGUGCGGCGGGUUCUGGUUUUACCUCAGCAACCAGAGUUCCACCCAGGGGGGCACUCCCCUCUCCACCAUCCUCCUCCACCACCCCAUGCCCACCUGCCUGCCUUCAUCCCACACCCUGCCAUGAUGCCCCCUCCACAUCACCUGUAUACAGGCAUGGCAGGGGGCGUGGGCGACAUGAGCUCCCAGUACAUCUCUCAGUACCAUCCAGCUCAUAUUUACCCAGAGCAGGUCUCUACAGAUUCUCACUCCCAACAUGGACGUCCGUCGUUGGUUCACAGAGAUGACAGAACUAGCAAAACACAUGAACGUCUGCAGAAGAAACUGAAGGAGCGUCAAGGAGGAGGGCAGGUGAAGGACAGCCCUCCCUCGUCACCACAGAAGUCCUGCAACAGUCCCCCAACGGUGGACAUUCAUAACGGUAUUGGAGGGAAAGGGCUGGAGGCAGAGCAGGGGCAACUUAGGCACACAGUGUCCUCUCCUGACAAGCAGACAGGCAAGCGAAAAAUUGGAGAGUCAGCAGUACUUGACAAGGAGGCGCAGGCCCUACAAGCGCUCUUGAGCACCAUCAAUAAACCAGAGGUGUCAGACAUCGAGGCCAGAGGAGCAACAGUGAGCUGGAGUGCGCCCACCAAGCCAGAAAGUGAGAAUGACAGCAAGGAGGAUGACCCCAGCUUCUCAGAGCCUCUCUGCUAUGAUGUCUCCAUCUCAAUUAGUGGUAAAGAUGGGAAGUACCAGAGCAUACACUGUGGGGAAGAACUAAGUGCAACUUUAGAACUCCUUCGGCCAGCAACAGACUAUCAUGUCAGGGUCCAGGCGAUGUGUAGCGGUUUACAGGGAAACCCAUCAGAGGCUGUGAGCUUCACCACUUUAAGCUGUGAGCCAGAUCCUCCCAAUCCUCCCAAGAAGAUCAGUGGGACCAAGAAUUCUCUUUUACUUCAGUGGAAGGCUCCAUGUGACAAUGGUUCCAAAAUUCAAAACUACAUACUCCAGUGGGAUGAGGGGAAGGGCACUGGUGUUUAUGAACAGUGCUACUAUGGACCUCAGAAGCAGUACAAAGUGACCAAGCUUUCUCCAGCUUCACGAUACUCUUUCCGCCUUGCAGCCAAAAAUGACAUGGGUACAAGCGAGUUCAGUGAAGUGGUGGACCUGUUCACCUCAUGCAGUGUGCCAUUGCCACCCUUCCCUCCAGAGCUGGAGAUGGCGGGGGUGACCUGGCUGUGUCUGAAGUGGCAGAGGCCUGCUAGCUCUCCAAAGGAGGAUGACAUCUUUUAUAUUUUGGAAAUGGAGGAGGAAGGCUCGGGAUAUGGCUUCCAGACAAGCUACAACGGUGACGAACUCUCUUUCACCAUUAGGAAUCUCCACAGGAGCACCAAGUACAAGUUUAGGGUGGCGGCAUACAACUCAGAGGGCAAGAGCAACCCUAGCCAGGUGGUCGAGUUCAUCACAAAACCAGAUAUACCUGGCUGUCCCUUCAAGCCUGUCAUCAGAGGAAGAGUCCUGCCCAACAGCUUCAAAAUGGCCUGGGAACCCCCUAAAGAUGAUGGUGGCUCAGAAAUCACUAAGUAUGUUGUGGAGCUUUCUGAAGGCACAAGUGGCUCACCGUGGGGGCAGGUGUACUCGGGGCCAGCUCUGGAACAUGUGUGUGAGGGCUUGAAGCCCGGCUGCUCCUACCAGACGCGAGUUUACUGCAUGAGCGAGGGGGGGCAGAGCCCGCUGUCAGAGACCCUGCAGGUCCAGACUCCCGCAGUGCCCCCGGGGCAAUGCCAGCCCCCUCGGUUGGUGGGCAAGCCCAAAGCCAGGGAGGUGCAACUGCGCUGGGGUGUCCCUCAGGUAGACGGAGGAAGCCCGGUUUCUUGCUACAGUAUAGAAAUGAGCGGGCCACAGUCUGAGGAAAGCAAAGAGGUUUACCAGGGUCCAGAGCUGGACUGCUCUGUAGGAGGGUUAAUGCCUGGCAAAACCUAUAGUUUCCGGCUCAAGGCAGCAAACAAGGCUGGGUUUGGCCCUCUUUCGGAGCGCUUUGAGGUUACGACUGGCCCCGGGGCCCCUGAGCAGUGCAAAGCUCCCUCCACCACAUGCAAGUCCUCCAGCUGUGUUGUUGUGAGCUGGGAGGCCCCUCCUUGUAAUGGAGCUCCGGUGACAGAGUUUCGUCUGGAGUGGGGAGCAGCUGAGGGUAGCAUGCAGAUUUGUUAUAGUGGACCAGGCCUCAGUCAUGAAAUGAAAGGCCUACUGCCUGCAACCAACUACUUCUGCCGGGUGCAAGCUGUGAACGUGGCUGGUGUGGGUCCCUUCAGCGAGGCAGUGUUUUGCCUGACGCCCUGCACUGUGCCUGCUGCUGUCAGCAACAUAUACGUGCUCAAAGAGUCUGAGCUGCGAAGUUACGAUACUCCAGUGGAUGCGGAUGAAGAUGAGGAUGAGGAGGAGAGUGAGUCCCGGCCACAGCCGGUCUACUCUCCGUCCACCUGCCUGGGUAUUUGCUGGGACCCUCCAUGCGAUCACGGCUCUGAGAUCAAUUCCUACCUGAUUGACAUUGGAGAGCGACAACCUAUUGUUGUUGGUCCGGUCACCAAACACGUCAUCCAAAAUCUACAGCCUGACACCAGCUACAGGAUUCGAAUCCAAGCCCUUAAUAGCCUGGGAGCAGGCCCCUUUAGUCACACCUUUAAGCUGAAGACAAAGCCCCUGCCCCCACAGCCCCCCCGCUUGGAGUGCACCGCCUUCAGCCACCAGACCCUCAGGCUCAAGUGGGGUGACGGCCCAGCCAAAGCCACCUCAGAUGCCCUUCAGUAUCAGCUGCACAUGGGGGACAAGAAUGGCAGAUUUAUAUCCUUGUAUAAAGGACCAUGCCACACACACAAAGUCCAGAGGCUUAAUGAGUCUACCUCUUACACGUUCCGCAUCCAGGCCUUUAAUGAGGCGGGCGAAGGGCCCUUCUCCAAUGUUUACACAUUCACUACCCCACGUUCUCCUCCAGCUCCUCUGAAAGCCCCUAAAGUGGAGCGUCUGGAUGAUAACUCCUGCGAAGUCACGUGGGAGGCCCUGCCGCCUAUGAAGGGGGACCCAGUAAUCUACAGCUUGCAGUGUAUGAUAGGAAAUUCAGAUUUUAAACAGGCUUACAAAGGCUCUGCCACAACCUUCCAUGUUCAGAACCUGCAGCCCAACAGUGACUAUCGUUUCCGAGUAUGUGCUAUCAGGCAGUGCCAGGACGCCCCGGAGCUGAGCGGUCCCUACAGCCCCACGGUGACCCUCUCCUCCCAGCGGAAUGAUGCGGCGCUGGCCAGCAGCGCGGUCAGCUCAGGAUCCAGGAUCGGCACAGAGUCCACCCGAGCCAGACAGAGCCUGAGCGACGAGCAGUGCGCUUUCCUCAUCCUCAUGGUUUUUGCCGUCAUCGCCAUCCUCAUCGCUUUUGUCAUCCAAUAUUUUGUCAUUAAAUGAGCAGUCUGCACCCCCCAGCUUCAGGGUUAUAGCUUUACUCUUCCCUGCCCCCUCUGUCUCUCUGUUGUUUUGUAUUCUUUAUUUUGUACUUACUAUUCUCCAGUUUCAACGGAGUAAUUGCAUUAGCCGAACUGGGGCGCAGCAGGAGGAUGGGCGGGUGAGUGGGCGCUAAAUGGAAGUUAUAAAUUGAGGAUGUAACGUCUCAUUUGGCACCUGUGAUACCUUCCUGACUCUCCUUCCUCUGUCUCCCCGCUCCAAGGUUGUGGUAUCUGUUGAGUCCAAAUGUCUAAUCCAUCACGAUUAGCUUCCUGUGCAAAAGGAACUCAGAAAGCAUAGGGAUAGGGUUUGCUUUGGGGAAGGGCUGGGGAGAAGUGGCGCAUAUAUAUAUAUAUAUAUAAAAAUGUAUAGAAAUAGUCAUUAUUUAUAUUUCCAUUUAAGUGUCCAGUAAGAAACAGUUUUUUGAUAGAUGUGUUCCAAAAAUAGUCUGUAGGUGUAAACCUAUGUGCUAUUUGAUCCUGGGACCUGGUGGGCCAGUGUUUGCACAGUGAGGUGUGUCCAGAUGUGUUUACUGUAUGUAGUUUGUGCCACUGCGGUACACGGCUGGGAGGGCCUCAGGGCCACACGAAGGGACGUGAUUCCCCAUGCUGGAGUUUGUUCGAGAAGUCUAGGGAAAGAAGAAUCUGAAGAGUUAACCUUGUUCACAUUAGUAGGACGUUCAUUUAGCACUUUCCAACCUUUUUGAUGUUCAGAAUGUUUAAGGAUGCAAAAAUGACUGGAGAAAUGUUAGUAUAUUUUUGUACAGUGAAGAUCUGUAAGUUUGAGG